UUUCAUCUCAUUAUCACGUCACUACGUGAUCACUUGAGAUAGUGUACGCCCACUAGCUCCUCACUUGUGACCUUGCUACGCUCCUUGCAAGACGUUCUUUGUUUUACUUCCACUUGUGACCCAUUUCGGAUUUUAUCAUGGAUUCUGAAGUUUUGGACUACAUUGAUGAUGAUGAUGUUCAAGCGGGCCCCUCUAAUAAGGGUGCCACGGAUACUAAGGAUGCCGGGGGACCUUCCCUCGGUGCAAUUCUGCUGGGUAUGUCCCAGACAUUAGAGCGCCUUGAUAAGCGCAUGGGCGAAGCAAAUAUUGUUGAGCAGCCCAAGAAAAGAAAAGUCACACAAGAAGCGCUAGACGCUGGUGCUGACGAUGAUGUUGAAAUGGCCGACGAUGAUGAUGCUGAGGCCCUGCUGGCAGGAUCGUCUGAUGACGAUCACCCUGCCGAAUAUAAUGAGGAAUCUGAGGACGACGAUCCGUUUUCCUCGAUUGCAGAUGAGGUCGUAGAGACCGAGAAGUGUGGCCCUGAGCUAGGGGCGACUCUUGCCAAAAUUAUAAAUAAACGGUUCUGGGAACCGACGGCCCUUGACCUAAUCAAGGAAAAACAGGCAAAUUAUGCAAAACCAAAGAACUGUGAGGCUUUGACGGUCCCACAGGUCAACCCGGAGCUAAGACGCAAACUGUCCAAAGAGUUGAAAAACCAGGACAAAGGGCUCGGGUUUUGCCAAAAAGAUCUGGUGAAAGGGUCUAUUGCAGUUGCUCAAGCAACUCAAGAAAUAUCCAAGCUAAUAAGCAAGGACAAACGGGAGCCGAUCAUUAGAAAGCUCACCGACGCUCUAGCGCUAUUUGGCCAUUCUAAUUAUUCCCUUUCAAUGCGACGGAGGGAAUUGAUCAAACCGGGCCUAAAAGCCAAAUAUGCCGGUUUGACCUCCGAAACGGUCCCUCUCACGAAAAACCUCUUUGGGGACGAGAUAGAAAAGACCUUGAAAAAAAGGAGGCCACCGUAG